GAUCUACCAACUCUCACAUAUUCUACGCUCAAAAAAGAUUCAGUGCAUCGCAUCGUACUAGUGCAAAUAAGAACGAACUCUUCGACUCAUCUCUAGAAAAUGGCUGCCGUGCUGGACGAGGUCGGUAAAUCCGCCGAGAAACUCGUGGACGAGGAGAAGGACGUGCUCGUCGACGAAGAGGACGAGACCGGGGCAGCGGAGGCUUCGAAGAAGAAGAAGAAGAAGAAAAAGAAGAAGAAGGCCGGUGCUGGAGAAGCCAGUGCAGAUGUUCCAGAAGGAGAAGAGGAUAAGGUCAGAGACGAAGAAACAAUUGCCGAAGGUACCACAGAGAUGACUGAGAACGGUGAGAACGAGGAGAUAAAGAAGAAGAAAAAGAAACGCAAGCCUAGAGGCAAAGGCGGUAUGAAGCAGCAAACGGAUCCGCCGACUGUUCCUGUGUCGGAAUUAUUUUCGGACGGUAACUUUCCCAUAGGACAAAUAAUGGACUAUCCCUCUGUCACCAGGGUGGACGACAGAACCGCGAAAGAUCGUUUCACGAGCGAGGAAGCCCGUGCCCUUGACAGAAUGCACAAUGACAUCUAUAACGAGGCCAGGCAGGCGGCCGAGGCGCAUCGGCAAACCAGAAAGCAUAUCAUGAAAUGGGUGAAGCCGGGGAUGACCAUGAUAGAGAUAUGCAACGAAUUAGAGGAGACCGCCAGGAAACUGAUAGGAGAGGAUGGUCUGAAGGCUGGAUUGGCGUUCCCGACCGGUUGCUCUCGAAAUCAUUGUGCGGCUCAUUACACUCCGAACGCCGGCGACCCGACUGUUCUGGAAUAUGAUGAUGUCACGAAAAUCGACUUCGGCACGCACAUCAACGGCCGCAUCAUCGACUGUGCGUUCACUUUGACGUUCAAUCCGAAGUACGACAAGUUAAUCGAAGCAGUCCGCGACGCCACGAACACGGGCAUCAAGGCUGCCGGGAUCGAUGUGCAGUUGUGCGACGUCGGUGCCGCUAUUCAAGAAGUCAUGGAGUCCUAUGAGGUGGAAUUGGACGGCAGAACGUACCCGGUGAAAUCUAUCAGAAAUUUGAACGGUCACUCUAUCGCGCCUUACCGCAUACAUGCCGGAAAAACUGUGCCGAUUGUCAAAGGCGGCGAGGCGACCAGAAUGGAAGAGAACGAGUUCUACGCGAUCGAAACCUUUGGGUCUACCGGUAGAGGUGUGGUGCACGACGACAUGGAGUGCUCGCAUUACAUGAAAAGCUUCGACGCCGGUUUCGUGCCAUUGAGAUUGCAGAGCAGCAAGUCUCUCCUCAAUACCAUCAACAAACACUUUGGUACUCUGGCCUUCUGCAAACGCUGGCUAGACCGUGUUGGUUGCACCAAGUACCAAAUGGCGUUGAAGGACCUGUGCGAGAAGGGCGCCGUGGAAGCUUAUCCACCCUUGGUGGAUGUUAAGGGCUGCUACACCGCUCAAUUCGAGCACACCCUCGUCUUACGUCCCACGUGUAAAGAAGUUAUCUCCCGCGGAGACGAUUAUUAAAUGAUCGUUAUUUUACAUUGCAAUCAUUAUUAUCGAAUGUCAAGGAUGUAUCUCUCAGCCUGUUCUCGAUGUAACAUCAUUGUCGAAGUAACAGCGUUGUCGUCCAAUCCAAUGGCGGCGCGUCUGCGACUCGUAACGACAGUGUGUGAAUAAUAACCAUUUACAAUAUUUUAGCAAUAUCGUGUAUUUCCAUACGUGUCUAAACACACUGUCUGUAAUUUUGCUUUUCUAAUUCAGUGUUGCGUGAGCACUAGAGACCUGAUCAAAUUCUGUACGCCGUUUCGGAUGCAAAACCGAAUCGUACAAUCUGUAUUGAUCUGGAACAGUGAAGAAUUUCACGUUGAACCACACAAUAAACAAUCGAAGAUGACCACAGACUCUGAUUACGGUUUCUAGCGAGUUCUAAAUGCGACUGAUAAAUUGCAGUUAGUCUCUCAGAAGCUGGACCGAUCAAUUGUACUUGAAAAUUUCUUAAUUUUAGCAUUAGAGCACGCGAUUAGUACUUAACUUUGCAAAAUUAAGAAAUUGCACAAAAGUGAAAUCGAUCUCAGUUCCGUUUCUGAUAUUUUCGUUAACAAGUACUUCUUGCGUGCGACGUGGGACUUGCGAAGAAAACUACGUUCUGUGCAUUUCUCUUAUUUCUGUUCACAUUUGUACGUGAUUUAUAUAAUUUGAUGUACGUAAUUUAAGAGGAAAGUUUCCGGCAGUUUGUAUUUAUCGUUGUGUUUGCCGUGGUGUUUCUUUAUGCAUUUCGUCAGGGGUUUUUUACGCGUUAAUGGGAAUAAUGGGGAAUAACACAAAUCGAUGUUGAAUAAAAUAUAUUUGGAACUCGAGUUGUGUAAUCAUUGUGACGAUCUUGGGAUGAUCCGAGUAAUCGUGACUUUAGAUCUAUGUUAAAACAAAUAAAAAAGAAACUAUAAUCUAACAUACACAUGCGACUGUACAAAAACGAAAAAAAAAAGAAAGUAUUCUCCAUUUUGUGGCUUCUCUGUCAGAUGGAUUAGGUGCGCGGCUCCUCUUAAACAUUUCCGCACGACUUGUAUGUUGUAAUAAGAUUCUCGUGAAUUGGUCGAUAAUUAAAGACAUGACAUACUGAA